AAACAAAAAAAGGGCCUUCACUUGACUCCACAGCCACAGCUAGCUGCUGUGGUGAAGAGUAGCAGGUUCGGCGGCCGGGAGGGGGCAGCCAACACGACGAUGGAGCGGUUCGGCCUGGACGGCGGCGGUGGCGGUGGCGAGCUGCCGCCGGGGUUCCGGUUCCACCCGACGGACGAGGAGCUCAUCACCUACUACCUCCUCCGCAAGGCCGUGGACGGCAGCUUCUGCGGCCGCGCCAUCGCGGAGAUCGACCUGAACAAGUGCGAGCCAUGGGAGCUCCCGGACAAGGCGAAGAUGGGGGAGAAGGAGUGGUACUUCUACAGCCUCCGCGACCGCAAGUACCCGACGGGCCUGCGCACCAACCGCGCCACGGUGGCCGGCUACUGGAAGGCCACCGGCAAGGACCGCGAGAUCCGCAGCGGCCGCACCGGCGCGCUGGUGGGCAUGAAGAAGACGCUCGUCUUCUACCGCGGCCGCGCCCCCAAGGGACAGAAGACGCACUGGGUCAUGCACGAGUACCGCCUCGAGGGCGCCUACGCCUACCAUUUCCUCCCCAGCUCCACAAGGGACGAGUGGGUGAUCGCGAGGGUGUUCCAGAAGCCCGGCGAGGUCCCACCUGCAGCCCGCAAGCACCGCCUCGGCGCCCUUAGCAGCACUACCGGCACCGCCGCGGGCGAUUCCUGCUUCUCGGACUCUACCUCGGCCUCCAUCGGCGGCGCGUCGUCGUCAUCCACGCCUGGCCCGCUGUUCGCGUCGGCGGCCGCCGCCGUGGCCAAUGCCGGCGCCGCCGACGGCGACACCAGCUCCUACUGCGGCGGCGCUGCCAACCAUGGCAACCUGGUCACCGGCCGUGAGCUCGUGCCCUGCUUCUCCACUGCCACCAUUAACGGCCCCCUAGUUGCCGCCGCGCUCGGCAUCGGGCAGCCGUACAACGCAGCCCCGCUGCCGUUCGAGCAGCAGCCGCCGCCUCCGGCCUUCCUGCCGAGCCUGCGUUCCCUUCAGGACAACCUCCAGCUUCCACCGUUCCUCUCAGCAGGCGGUCUGGGCGGCGGCGGGGCUCUCCACUGGCUCCCCGCCGGCGGCAUGGAGGUCAAGGUCGAGGGCCGCUCGGCGCCACCGCAGAUGGCUGUCGGCCCCGGCCAGCUCGAUGGCGCUUUCGGCUGGAGCUUCUAGUUCUUCGCUGCACUACAUGGUUGUGCCCAUCUAUCUAGCUAGUAGUGGUUUCUUCAUGCGUUGUACGUUAAGCUUGGUUAAUCAACUGCUAGUAAGUGACUGGGUCGUCGUUCUAAGUAAUGUAGUAACUGUGUUGUAGUCUCUCAUCUAACUGCAGUAGCAGCUUUAUUUGUUCGUGGA